GUCGGUCAUUGGUGCGUGGAGUUCAUCAAGCUGGAACAUCAGUAAACAGACUGAAUGUAGCUAAAUAUUUUCUUCUCACCGAGCGCACACACACAAUACUUUUUCACUUUACUGUAAAGAACUAAAGACAACUGGAACUGGAUUAUGAUCGCGAUGCCCUGGGUGGUACAUGUGCUGCUCCUUGUUGUCUGUUCUGAAUAUCAGCGUGGAUGGUGCUUUGAAUCAGCCCCCGCGCCCAGCAUUAUCGAACUGUAUCCAGACAACCGUACGCAGAGUCUAGUGGUCAAGUGGUGGCCAAGCCAGGGUGCCUCGAAAGAAAGCAACGCCACUUUUGAGAUCCAGGUCGGGCGCACAGAAAACGUUUAUGUUGUCCAUAAAGCUAACGUCAGUGUAACAUUACCAAGGGAUACUAAGCCAUUGGUUUGGAAAUGGGUCUCGGAGUUGCCGUUGCAAUGCACCGAUCACUCGGUUCGAAUAAGACGACUUUUCAACGACACAUUUGCAAGUGACUGGAGUCCGUGGAAAACUAAUCUGGGUGAACAGGAACUUCGUGACCAGCCGUGGGAUGCGCCGAAGUUGUUCCCGUUCCAGCAAGUGUUAAAGGAGGGGUCAUCGGGUCAUUUCUGCUGUGUGCCGCGGCACGGGACGCACAUUGUCAACGUCAGCUUCAGCUCAGAAGCUCUCCCCAUGAUCCCCAUUGGUGAACGCGUCAAAGCCAUUGUGGUGGAAAACCUCAAUGCCACGGGCUGCUAUGGAGUCAAUUUCGGCUGUCUGGACUCUGAAGACAUGGAAGAGCAGUGUUUGAACUACGUGACCUUUCCUCCACAGAAACCCCGAAACAUCAACUGUGAGACACGUGACAUGAGGACUGUGAACUGCUCGUGGAACCCUGGCAGACUGCCCAACCUGCUAGAGCCAUACAAGCGCAUUUAUACUCUUCAUGUACUGAACUCAAGAAAUCCAAUCAGUUGCAAGGAUUCAAUUUCCUCAUGUGGAAUGGCCAUACCUGGGGGACAGGUAUACACAUCCUCAUGCAGUUUCAAGGCCGUACCUGGGCAACAGGUGUACACCGUCACCAUCCGGGUGAGGAACGACUUGGGUGAGGAGAGCAAGAGCAUCACCUUCAACCUCAGCGACAGAGUUGUUCCUGUCCCGGUACAUGUGGUGGUGGACCCAGGGGUGAGACAAGCAGAUGUGUCAUGGACACUUCAGGGAAACCUAUCUGGGUUUGCACUCAGUUGCCAGAUCAGAACUGAUCCAGAUAGCAGUGUUGUGGACAUGGAGCUGCAGGGCAGGUUGGAUGGGCGCUAUGAGAGCAGAGUGGAGGGGCUGCGGCCCUGCACACUCUACUCCGCCAGCGUGCGCUGUGCUGUCACCGGGAGGGCCUGGAGGUGGGGGGCGUGGGCAGACUCCCAGUUCUACACGCACCCCUGUGUGGAACUGGAUGUCUGGAGCCAGAUCAGACCUCAUGCUCAGGGCCGCAAUGUGACUGUGUUGUGGAGGAAGCACUGUAAUGGAACAGAGCCUAAUGUCAGCAUCCAGGAGUACAGAGUUGAGUGGGAACAGCCAGAGCAGCAGGAGACAGUGGGGGUCAAUGGAGAUGAGACACAAAUCAAGUUCUCCAUUAGCCCCAGCAUGUGCAUUAUCUCUGUCACAGCCAUCUGUCAGUGUGGCUCCUCCCUUUCACAUCAGAUCACCAUCCCUCCAGCAGCACACAGAGAGCGCCUCCUUCAGGCCAGGAGGGUUAAUGGCAGCACCACGGAGGGGUUCUGGCUGUCGUGGGCUACAGGCACCAACGUCACAUGCGGAUACCUAGUGCAGUGGUGUCAGCGGGGGAGUGCUCGAACCUGCGACCUGCAGUGGGAGAAGGUGACAGCGGGGUCCACCUCCCUGCUCCUUCCAGCAGGGUACUUUCGCGCAGGGUGCAGGUACACCUUUGAAAUAUUUGGCUGCAGGACGGACGGACACUGGCUGUUGGAGGCGCAGACGGGGUACACCAUGGAGCAGAAACCUGCAAAGUCACCCCAGCUGUUGGGGUCCUCCACAACCACGCCUUCCUCCGUCACGCUGGAGUGGAGUUUCGACGAGGAGGAUCCGAUGCAUACUGGCUUCAUCACGGGGUACCUUGUCACUGUGCAGGAGAAGACGCCCAGCAGCACCUCCAACGGCCACAUGCAGAGCUCAUACAGCCUCUCUGUGGACGACCCACGCAGGAAGACCCUCACUGUCAAGGAUCUGAAGGAAGACAGCGAGUACACCUUCUUUGUGGGGGCGUGCACGGCCGUCGGUGUGGGGCCCCUGGCGAGCUGCACUGUGAGGACACCCCCAAACUACUCUCUACUCCUGGUAAAGAUUCUGACUCCAGCUGUGCUGCUGCUUGGGUUGGGCUUCCUUCUGUGGCCCCAUGGAAAAAUGCUGGUGGAUCCCAUUAAGGAGGUUUUCCGAACUCCCAUGAAGCUGAAGGUAAAAACCCUGGAGCUAGACAGCGCCCUGUAUGAGGCCAGUGAGAAGAUUAAAGCCCUGCAGGCAGAGGAGUGCAACUGCUCUCAGAUUGAAGUGAUGGAGCUGGAGAAGAAGCUGCUGCUGGGCCCGGAGGGGUCCUGCCACUCCGCCUCUGAGGACAACCCGUCCUGCUGCCCUUACUGUCCCCAGGGCCCCACGGGCACCUGGAAGCUCCCUGAAAACCAGAAAGUGAUGAGCCUCACCAACCUCACGUACUGCCCCGGCCAGACCCUCGGCCCGUCCACCAGCCCCUACGUCAGCCUCUGUGACGUCGGCAUACUGGGGGAGCCCAAGAGGGGCGCCGAGGACCCCUCGGUAGUCGCCACCAUGGGGUACAUCACCACAGCAGAGAUUCCACAGUAAGCUGGGUGUCCGAGUAACUAGGUCAUGGAGACACCUGAGAGAGAGAUCAGUGAUGUACAAAACACCAUCAUACACAAGUAGAGCACUCAGAUUUCCACAACUACUGUAUGCACAGGUAUAUAACCUAAGCAUCAGUCUACAGGUAGAGGGCAAAGUAUGUGAAAUAAGAGGGAACAAUCAUACACCAGAUAUAGGGUCAGUGAGAGAAACAGUGGGUUCAGUCGAUAGCAGCCUAAAUGUAACAGGAAGCGUUUUUUUAUCACAUUGUGUGUGCUUAGCAGAUGCUCUUAUCUACAGCAUCUUACACAGCUUACAAUGUUAUCGAUUUUACUGAAUCAGUCUGGGUUCAGUACCUCGCCCAAGGGUACAACAGCAGUAGCCUACCUGGGAAUAAAACCUGCAACCUUUAGGCUAUGUGCUCCUCACCACCUCCUCUUCCCUGUAUGUAUGUAGCACCUUUAGCAGUGGGCUGCUGAGACUCAACUCAUCUACUUCCAGGUUAUAGGACAAACCAUAGUGAUGCACAGCCACUGAAACUGUAUCACUGAAGUAGAUGGGCCUCUGCACUGAACAUAUGUUGGGGGCAACUGAUUCCUUACAUAACCAAGAAGAAUUUCCCACCAGGUCAUCUGCAUCAGGGAUGCACAGUGGCCACAGAACAUGUUCCCAAACUUCAUUUUCACAAUCUUCUCCUACUUCCUUCUGUCAGGCAUUCCCUGAAAAACAAAGCCUUUGUGAAAGUGACAACUUCUGGCUGCAACAAGUGUUUUGUGUGACUCUUGAGUCCCUGGAGAGUGCUUGGGUUCAGAUCUCUGGGACCCAGGCGUUGCCCUGUCAGAUACUAUUGGUACAGCGUUUCAAGGGGAGUCAGCCUAACACAUAGAGAAGCAAACACAUUUUUCCUCUUCCCUUAAGCUGUAAGCCUAGGGAAUGUCUGCAGAGGAGAUUCAUUGCUUUGCAGUUAGAAAGGGUGGAGUCUGGGCAAAUCUGUAAAACCUCUACAUGCAUGUUCUUAGACAGCAAACAGUUCCUUUUGCAACAUAAGUGUGAAUGGAAGUGAAUACAUUUCUCAACUUUUUGUACAAUUAUAAUAUGGUUAUGGCAUUCAGCUGCAUAAUGUUUGUUAAGAUAUACAUAUGGGGGAGGGUGGGGUUCUAGAAGUUCAUACUUAAAAUUUAUUCACCAGAGCAUCUAACCACUUUUAAUGAACAUAGUACUUAGCUGAUAGUUUUCCAAGAGGCAUUAUAUUCAAUGUUUGUGAUUUGCUUCAAAGCACUGGUUUUGGUGACAUGGAUUACAGUGUAUCUCUAAAGCACAGACUGUUGUAACAAACACUGGGAGUUUACUGUAUAGCCAUGUUGGUACACAGAUCAUUAGAUACAUUAGUACAUUAUAUGAUUAGUGCUCAGUACACCCAUACAUUUUAAAAACAUGAGCUCGAUGGAGAAUUUC